AUGAGUUUUCGACGACCAACCUUGGCGAGUUUGAGAGUCGCGCUGAAGAUUCGCCCAGCUAUACCAAGACGCUACCUCAGCAUCCAUGAAUAUCAAGCUCAAGGCUUGCUUCGAGAGUAUGAUAUUCCAGUCCCACGCGGGCAAGUUGCUCAUUCGCCAACCGAAGUGUUCAAAGCAAUUGAAGAAAUAGGGGGAAGAUGUGUUGUUAAGUCACAGAUCCAAAAAGGCGGCCGUGGUAAAGGCUCAUUCGACAACGGGCUACAAGGAGGCAUUCAGAUUGUGGACACUCCGCAUGCUGGCCAGCAAGUUGCCUCUAAAAUGCUUGGCAGCCGAUUGAGAACGAAGCAAACAUAUCAAAAAGGCCUCAAAGUGGACACAGUAUAUGUCGCAGAAGCAAUCUCCUACGAUGAAGAGUGGUAUUUAGCCAUGACGAUUGAUCGCGAGCAUUACAGUCCUGCCGUGAUACUCUCAAGGUCUGGAGGCGUCGACAUUGAAAAGAUUGCCAAAGAAGAACCGGAGAAUCUCCACAAGUUCCACUUCAGUUUGACCAAGGGAAUUUCCGCGGAGUUGAUCGAUGAAAUCUCGCAAAGAGUCGGCAUAUCCGACAAGGAGCGAGAUCAUCUCUCCCGCAUUUUGAUUCGCAUGCAUGAAGUUUUCACCAGCAAAGACGCCACACUUCUCGAAAUCAACCCCCUCGUCCGCUUUCAAGACGGAAGUUUUACUUGCUUGGACGCGAAGUUUACUUUUGACAACACAGCAAAAAAACGGCAGCCAGCUUUAUUCGAUUUGCGCGAUGUGCAGCAUGAAGUCAUAGAUGAGAUCGAAGCUGAGAAGGCAGGGCUGGUCUAUGUCCGGAUGGACGGUAGCAUUGGUAACGUCGUGAAUGGCGCUGGGCUGGCUAUGGCGACCAAUGAUGCAAUCAGUUACUACGGGGGUACAAGCGCCAACUUUCUUGAUACUGGUGGACAGGUGACCAAGGAGGCCAUGCAAACGGCAUUUGAGAUCAUCAUGAGAGAUGAAAGAGUAAAAGCCAUUCUCAUCAACAUUUAUGGUGGCAUUAUUCGGUGCGAUAUGAUUGCGGAAUGUAUUAUUGCGGCUGCAAAGGCGCUUGGUCCAUCAAAAGUGCCCGUUGUGGUACGACUGCAGGGAACAAAUUCGCAAAAAGGGUUGGAAAUGUUGGAGGAUGCUCAGCUCGAUCUUCAUAUUGAGUCUGACUUUGGGGUGGCUGCACAGAAAGCGGUUGAACUUGCAAAUGUUGAUUAA